AUGCUACAUAAUGUGCGACCGAUUGACGAGAGACCAGGCGCGAGCGAUAAGCGAAGGCUCAAUUUCACGCAUAUUAAACACGUACUAGAACAGCGGCAGCACGAGGCGAGCAUGACACUAAAAGCAUCUUCGGUUCCUGUGCGCAUCUCCAAGAUUGCCGAUCGUUAUCUUGUCUUUGAUGCCGACGAUGUUGCAUUCAUUAGGCGCAACCAUAACAUCUGCUCGGUCCUUGUUGGGACUACGCCCCAAAACCCAACACAGAAUGUGUUUUUAAGCUUGCCUUUAGAGUUGCUUCCCGAGGAAGCCAGCUUGCUUAUUGAGAAAAAGGUAGGCUGCCUUGUCGACGAGAUCUUGUACCACCGGCUUUCUCUAGGCUCCCCACAUAAAAGUUGCCGUCAGGCCUACAUUGCGAUCCUGAAGGACCGCCGAUCCAAGGCACAGAAGUUGCUGGCCGAUGACCAAGCGAAGAAGGUCGCCAUUGAGCAGGCGCGGAGAAUUCGUGACACCAAAACACCAAGUUUUCCGACGCAUGCUAGUAUGACAGAAACGCCAUCUGUAAUGAAAACAUCGUCACAAGACCGCUCUCUCACACCUCACCAAGGCUCGGAUGUAAGGUUAUUGACCGUGACGCCGACAACCAGUGAAGGCGUGGAGGUACCUUUGACUGAGACUGUACUUGCUACACCUCGGCCAUCUGCUAGGCCCUUACACCAGCACCUACAAUCUAGAGGGUACUUCAUGACACCCGGACUCCGUUUCGGUGCCGAUUACAGUGUUUAUCCAGGUGAUCCGCUGCGCUAUCACGCCCACUUUCUCGCAACAAACUACAAAUGGGAUGAAAAGGUACCGAUGCUCGAUGUUGUAGGCAGCGGUCGCCUAGGCACUUCGGUCAAGAAAGGCUUUCUGUUUGGCGGCGAGGUUCCCGACCUGAAGGGACGAACGAAUCAAGUGCGCACCUUUUGCGUGGAAUGGGCUGGUAUGUGA